CAGAAAGAACAGUAAAAAUGCAGGCAGGGCGCCGGACAAAGCACUCGGGACAAAAUGUAUGUGAAAUGGUCACUUUUAAAAUCUUUGAAUUUCCCGCCGGUUCCGUCCCCCGUACGUCCCGAUGCUCGCAGGGAACGGAACCCGGAAGACGGAUGGCGACAUCAGCCGGAGGACAUGGCUGGGGACGCUGCAGGGGGAACAUCGUGGGAGCGAAGGACAUGGUAAGUGAUCGAGGGAAUCCCUGAGCAACACUGCAAGGUAUUCCCGAGUGUAGCUCGGGGUUACCGCAUUUGGUACUGAAA